AUGUCUUAUACUUAUUUUAUAUAUAUUUUAUUUAUUACUUAUUGCACUAUUAUCACUAUGUAUUACUUAUUGCACUAUUAUCACUAUGUAUCAUCAUACCCCGUAGGAGAUAAGGGGAAGAGAAUAAAUACAAUAAAAAUUUCUAAAUCCAUGCAUGAGAAGAAACACGAAAGAAUGAAUAAUUAUAUACUUAAAGAAGUAAUAGAGACAGGUACAACUAGUUACGUAUAUAAAGGUAUAGACAUAAGAAAUAAUGAAACAGUCGCAAUUAAAAUAAUCAGCAGAAUAAAUUACAUAGGAAUAGAAAAGAAACAGUCAAGAGAGAAUAGAGUACUAAGAGAAGUGCUCAUAUCAUACAUACUAUCACAUAAACAUAUACUAAAACUAAAAGAAUUCUUCUACACAAAAGAAUGCUUCUAUCUGAUAUUUAAUUAUAUUUCAGGUGAACAAUUGUUAAAAAAAAUUGUCAAAAAUAAAAAAUUAUCAGAAAUAACGGCUAAAAAGUAUUUUAUACAAAUACUUGAUGCAAUACAAUACUGCCAUAAUCAUAAUAUAGUACAUAGAGAUAUAAAAAUUGAAAAUAUUUUAAUUAAUAAGGAUGAUAAUGCAAUUUUAAUAGAUUUUGGACUAUCAAAUUUUUUUGAAAAUGAAGGUUUUUUAGGGACCUUCUGUGGAUCUCUUUAUUUUGCAGCACCUGAAUUAUUAUCCGGUAAUUUAUAUAAAGGACCAGAAGUGGACAUUUGGAGUUUAGGCGUGGUGCUGUACGUAAUGGUAUGUGGUAAAGUGCCAUUUGAUGAUAAGAACCUGCAAUUGUUAUACCAUAAGAUAACUAAUAGUAAUAUUCUAACGGACGGAGUAUCUGAGGAGUUAAAGUCAUUAUUACUACAGAUGCUUAACCCGGAUAGGAAUACAAGGAUAAGUGUACAGCAGAUACUUAAUCAUCCAUGGGUUAAUGAUAACCCGGAUAUAACCCAGUCUGAUAUAACCCGAUAUAACCCGAAUUUAGAAGUAUUAGAUAAUAGUAUAUGUACGUAUAUAAACCAUUUGUUUAAUAAUCAAUUUAUAAAGAAGGAUGGUUUAUACUGUAAUAGUAUACAUAAAGUAUAUUCAUUAAUAAAGUAUAAGUAUAAGGGUAAUAUAUAUACGGACAGGGUUGACAGUAUAGUGGACUUUAUAUGCGAUAAGAAAGUAAAGAUAAGGAAUAGUUAUAUAAAGCAUAUGAAGGGGAUACGGGCUGGUGUAGAUGUACUAAUAAUACGGCUAGAGGAGAUAAUCAAGGAGAUGGGGAUAGUGUAUGAGGUUACAUCUGGGGAGUAUUUUUGUGUUAAUGAUGGGGUUAUAUUUAAGAUAGAGAUAUAUAAGAAUAUAUUAAGUAAGGCGUAUGGGAUUACUAUAAAAGGAAAGAAUACCAAAAAAGGAAAUAACGAAAAUAACAAAUAUUUAAAAAAAAUAAAAGAAACUGUCCGGUAUAAAUUAAAAGAAUCAUUAAAUCCUGAUAAAUUAUGCAUGAUAAAUAAUUUAUAAAAGGAAAAUAAUAAUAAUAAUAAUAAUAAAAUAAUAAUAAUAAAUA